CUCUAAUUACAUGAAAUCAGUUGUCCAUGAAGUCACUGAUCCUCAUGUCUAGUUCUAGUCAUUCUAACAUUAGUUUAGCCGAGCAUGCUAAUAUAUCACGUGCUUGUAAUAAAAUAAUAUGUAUCAAGAAAAAAAUAAUGUUUAGAAUGUGAUUUUUUGAAAAUUUUUCGUGCUUUUGUGGAGUACAUCGUGUACGAGAUCAUUUAAAAUGGUCGUCAGCGUUAAAAACGAAAACAAGUCUACUGACUUGGCAGGCGUUUCAGAAUUCCUCCAAAGAUUAUCAGAUGAAGCCGGACAUGUUCCUGUCGAUUCUGAACCACUCAAUGUACCUGUUUGGUUCGAUGCAGAGAAAUUCAAAAAAGGUCAACAGUUCUUUUUCAAAAACUACUAUGCAAUGUUCGUAACAAAAUUAUGCGGUUUAAUUGUUGUCCUCAGUGUACCCUCUGUUUUGAAAGUUCUUAUCCUGACAGGAAAAUCGAAUACGCCAGCUAGAGCAUUUCGACGUUAUAUAGAUACGAUUGCCAAUGUCCAAGAGUGGUAUUGCAGUGACUUGACUGAAAUUAAUUCCGACUCCAGAAAAGCUCUGAUAACUGUUCGUGGAAAACAUUGUGCUGCAAGUAAAAAAGCUAUAAGUAAUGGAAUCGGUUUCAUUAGUCAACGUGACAUGGCUCUAACUCAAUUUGGUUUCAUUGGAAUCGCCAUUAUGAAGUGUAAAAGUCUAGGAUUUGUUGGUACUGACGAAGAAUUCGAAGGUUUCAUUCAUUUUUGGCGAACUAUUGGAUACUGUAUGGGUAUUGAAGAUAGGUUUAACAUAUGUAAUGGAAGCGUCAACCAGGUAGUAGAAAUAUGCAUCAGACUCACCGACGAUGUUUUCAAACCAUAUUUAGAAAAACCUUGCGAAAACUUCAACGAAAUGUGCGCGGCUUUAUUAAAUGGUUUAAAGCCCGUGUCACCUUCCUUAACAGUAAAUUCAUUCAUGGAAGUAUGCCGACGAAAUAUGAAUUUUGAGCCAAAAGAAGUCGAUGGCAUUUACUCCAAGUGCAUGUUGGGUUUAUUACUAUAUAUUCAUAAUGUUUUAUUAUCUGUUUGGUGGGUUGCUGUUAUUUUUAGACCAUUUUUAAACUGGAUGAUGAGAUUUUCCGUCUAUUGUAAUAUUAAAUUUCCUCUCGUUGCGUACUUGACUAUGGGUAAAGAGGUCUGGGCAGAUAAUGAAACUCAUCAUAAUACUAGGGAGUUUCAUCAUAAUGUGGCUGUGGUAAAAGCUAAUUAAUUUUGUAAUAUUACGUUUUGUUGUGAUAUCAUUUUUUAAAAAAUGUUUGUUAUCGAGUCAAUUUUUCAAUUAUUUUUUUUUCAAAUUGAAAAAAAAACAUUCGUUUACUUUUUAAGUAUUAGGUACUUGUUGUUUUCUCAUAUUUGUGUUAAAUGUGUAGGUGUAUAUCCUGUACUGAAAUUAAUUGUUUACUUACCAGUGUACGAAAGUAUUUUGAAAUAUUUUUAAAUUUUGUGAAUUUAUUUUUGUUUUUAUUUGUUGGUAUGUGUAUGUUAUGUUUAUAUUUUUGUGUCUUAAAAAAUAAAAAGUACGUUUCUUAA